GCAAACCACGAAGAGGCAUGGGGCCGGUUCAACGCGACUCAUAAGCUUAUUGCAGCUCUAAAUAUGAGGCAUUGGAUUCAAUCUGAUUGGAACCUCGAUGAAUCUUGGGCAGAACAACAAAUCAGCCUGCCUAAUCCAGA